AGAGUGCGGUUUUAAUACAUGGCGGAGAGGAAAAUAACAACAGCUACUUUCUUGCGGGUACCCGUUUGCCUUGCUUUAUACUUUCAGGCUGCUUAUGCAUUCACAAACUUCAAAAUUAAUACGGGGGCGAGAGAGGCUUGAUUGAGCAGCACAGGCGGAAGAACUUUGAUCGGAUCAAAACUCCUCCCCUUCCUGAGUAGCGGUAGUAGCCGUGCAGAAAGUUGUAAGGAUCAGAAAUUCCUGCGUGCCUUGCAAUGACUGGGGAGGCGAAGUGGUGUUACCGGGGCGAUCCCCAGGAGGGACAGAGCGCACCUGUCGUUCAGUUUACAAAUGGGAAACUGAAGAGUUCUGAAAAUAUGAAUUUUACCUUGUACAGAAGCAAAGACACCAAUAACCCAAGAAAGAAACAUAAAAGAAUGUUGAAUACAGAAACAAAUCGGCUGUCUUAUGUAGGAAAUAACUUUGGCCCAGGAGCCCUGAAAUGCAAUACUCUUUGCAGAUACUUUGUUGGUGUAUUAGACAAGAACUCUGGACAGAUGGAAGUCUACAAUGCAGAGCUAUUCAACAUGCAGCCAUUGAUUUCAGAUGAUGUAGCUGAUGAUGACCUGUCAGAAUAUUUGACUAAAUCCUACAGAGAGAAGGUAGAUCUAUGCGUUGAAGCCUUUGGAACCAAUAAGCAGAAGAGAGCCCUGAACUCCCGGAGGAUGAAUGCAGUUGGGAAGGAGGUAUUGAAUAAGGCUGUAGCCAAAGCAGCAGAAGACAUUAUAGAGACAAAGGGAGUUGCUGCUUUGGUCAGCAAUGCAGCAGAGGAUGAGAAGGCAGAAGUUUCCCUCGUUCUUCCCCCGUGCCAUAAAGACGCUGACAAACCAGAGGACGUCUACAAGUUUGAAGACAUUAUUUCACCAGCAGAAUAUGAGGCGCUUCAAGCUCCAGCUGCAGCUUUCAUGAACGUGACCUCAGCUGAAAUCCUCAAGAUGAUAGAAGAGAAAAAACACUGCUCCUUUGUUCUGGAUGAACUUAAGUCCAUGCCUGUGGGUGAGAAGAGCCGUGACCACAAAGCCCGGUGUCUUUGGUUUCUGGAUAGACUUGUCAAGCUGAGCUCGCAAAAAGUGGUUAAAAAGAAACAUGCAAUGGGACCUGAUUGUCCACACAUCAUCAGCAACAAGCUUGUGAAAACCUUCACAGUGCUGUCCUUUGGCAACGGCAGGCUAAAGAAUCACGUUUCUGCUUCAAUGAAAGUUAAGAUAGUGGCAUAUGCUAUAGCCCUGGCUUUGCAUAUUAACAACUUCCAAACAGACCUGACGGUGUUACAACGGGACCUGAAAGUGCGAGAUAGCAGGAUCCUUGACAUUGCCAAGGCAAUGAGGCUGAAGUUCACUAAAAGCAAAGGCUUCUACGGAAUUGAUGAACACAAAGUGGUGACCCUCUCUUUGCCUUUACCUAUAAACAAAAUGCCACCAGGCUGGAGGAAACGCAAGAUGACCUAAAUGACGACUGUGGCUCAUUUGCCAGGCAUUUAAAGGCUUUCUUCUGUGUUGCACCAGACUCUGAAAGAAUGAAUUGGUCUUUCUGAUUCUUGCUACCAAGUACCGUCUGGAACUGUACAAGGCCUUAAUAAAAGGUGGGACCGACA